CCGUGGAUAAGGCGGCGGACCGAAUAGUUCCAUGGAGUUUCGUUGUAGUAUAAAGAGAACUAUCGUACACAGCCAGAGCGUCUAUCCGCACUAUGGUCUCUGACAAGUUGCUAGUUCUCUCGUCUCUGUUCUUGGUCGCUUUUGCUCAGCUUCCUCCUGAGAUCACUUCUGGAGAACAAAGAGUCCUGUUUGAGAACGAACAUUCUCAAAGCUCUGUCCGCUCGUACACACCGGACAGGGAUAUCUACGUUCCUUUCGUCAACGUUGAGGGCGGUGAACAUGAACAAUGGACACUCUCCAAGACUCAAGGCGGAUACACUAUUGGAAAUGUGGCCACUGGCGGAUUCAUCAAGGCUGAAGAUAAACGUCUAGUGACUACCACGAGUGAGGGGAACGCAACAACGUUUGCCAUCUCGCCUGCAGGCGGAGACUCGUACGUAAUCAAGCUUCCCUACGAGGAUCUCGUAUGGACUGUUCAAAAUCCGGUCAAUUACCAAGGCGCUGUUAUACUUGCCCCAUCUGUCGGGAGCGAUGCCCAGCUGUGGUACAUUGACGAGGCAGAUGAGUCUUGCGACGUCGAUUAGCUAGCUAACUUGCCUACAAUUGCCGUUGUACUCACUGAUCUAUGUGAACUACGAAUGAGAUGGAACUACGA